UGAUGAGGAGGAGCAGUGACCACCAGGAGAUGCGCAAGACUGGGCCAAAGCGGCCAAGCCAUCGCGGCUCGAAAGCUGGGCUUUUGCCCGGGCUGGUCGCUUGCAUUUCCGUUUUAUUGCAGACUAUUUAAUAUCCCCGCCAGCCGCUUCAUGUCGACAGGCCCAAGUGCGAGUUCGGCCUGACAUGGCGGCAGCUGCUCGGCCAGGUCGCCGCUUGGACGAUGUUAUCGAUGACAUCGGUUAUGGCAGAGCCCAGCACAGCAUUCUCUUGUAUGGCGGUGGGAAGUCGGUGCUCAGUGGUGGCGUCGUCUUGAUGCUCAAUGUCGCAGCAAAUUCUAUCAGUAGUGAAUACUCCCUCCAGAAUAUGGAGCGUGGAGCGCUGGUAUCUUGCGUCUUCGUUGGUAACAUGUUCGGAAAUAUCUUCUCGGGCUAUGUGGCUGACCUGUGGGGUCGCCGACCACCUCUCUUGCUGGCCUGCAUGCUCAUGACCGUGGCGACCCUCGCGUCCACGGCUGUGGCUGGCUUCUGGUGGAUGAUAUUCGAGAGCGGCUUCCUGCGCAUUCUGCGCCUCUUGCGGCUGCGGAGCACUUAUUCCGUCCCGGACGUCAGCGACUUCGUUCGACGCCACCCCAGCUUUCAAUUUUCCAGGACGUCAGCGACGCCCAGACUUUUUUUGUCGAAUCUAGAAUUUUCCAAUGACUUCAUCGACGCCCAGUCCCUUAAUUCCAUUUGGAACUCUAGCCUUUACCGAAACGUCCGUGACGCCCCGUUGUUCAAUUUCCUGCUGGAUGUCCGCGGCGCCCAACAUUCAUAUUCCCACCAGGGCGGCAACGACGCCCAGACCUUCAAUUUCCAGCUGGAUGUCAACCACGCUCAUAACUCAUACACGGACGUCAGCGACGUCUUCCCCUACGUGUUCAAGACGACGGUCAGUUCAGCGAGGUCAUUGAAGGUUCUCAUUGCAUGGCGUCCGAAUUCGUAUUGAAACUGGUCAGCACGGCGAGAUCGGCGGCGCUCAACAUGGAGGAGGAUGGUCUACAUUCGCCUGGGGUCGAAGAUUUCGAACAUAUGCCAAUGAGAGGAAACGUGACCGUAACAUCCGCGGCGUCAGCAUUGUGCUAGCACACGUAGAGAAUUCUCUCGCGGCCGACAGAAGCCAGUCCAGAAGGGAGAGACUUUCGAGAAGUUCACCGAGAGUGUGGCACGCCGUCGCCGACGAGGCGCACGCAGGACAUAGUGGCUCUCAUCCGCCUUAUCAUGAUGUGUGUCGCUCUGUCUAUGGGCCUCCUCAUCCGCAUCGGCAUCACCGCGAUGAUCAUCUUGAUGUUCUGCUUCCACCAGAUCGAAAAACACAACAGCUGGGCCAGGGCUGGCUCCCUUGCCUCCUGUAUGGCGCUUGCGCGUGGGCCGCCAACUCCCAGCGAACCAGGCGAGGGGUCCUUGCCGAUGGCACCUCGCCGCCAUCCUGGAGCCGAUGACCAGCGGCUUGGCAGGAGAUGCAAUGUGGAACCGAAAUCCACCGCGUCAGCACUUACAGAUUUAGCAUCGGCACAGUCUGCAUCAGCAGCUUUUUCAUCGCCAGUCGCAGCAGUAACGCCCAGUUCCUUGGCCGCUUUCUGGCAACGAGUUCAGCGACCAUGGCUUUCAGAAGCAGAUCGACGCCUACAGUUCCCCCCCCGGGAUCAACGACUGUGUGAUCAACGAGCACAGCUACACUAUGGAUCACAACGCGUGGUCAGUGUAUGGCAUGUGCAGCGCGUUCACGAAGCACGCGACACAGCUGAAGCGACGUGGCCGAGCAGGUUUCAGCAACGUGCGCUACAGUACCAGGUGGGAUCAGGCGAGCCGCUGGAGGUUCAUCAACGGCCAGCCCAAUCCUUCAGUUGCAGAUGCCGCUCCACGUGGCUGCAUCAUCUAAGUGUUACGUAAGUCCGCAUCCUCUGGGUCAGUCCAUGCACCCGGCCGGCUCUUAUCUCGAUUCGCACAGUCAGUUGCAGGGCUCUUUUUUUAGAGCAUUUCUACCGCAUAGGUGAUGAAGGUCACCCCAGUUUGCUUUUAGGUUGUUAUGUCGUCUUGGCCCGCAAAACUUAAUUUGUGCUUCAGAAAUCGUCUCCCAACCAGCCCAGUCAGAAACCCUGUCCAUGGGACCUGACGGGUACAAAGGGAC